GUGCGUUGAGAGACUGCGCUUACAGGGGCGAGUACAGCGCCUGAGUCGACUUGUGCCAACAAACAGCGCAUGGUAGUUAACGACUACCUCCAGGAUGUAGAGUGUUGUUUCCCGUACGCGGGAGGGGACUUGAGACAUCACGUCUCGUUCCUAGUGAGCGAUGAACUCCCCAUGGACAUGUUGUUAGGUAUGUACUACCUCUCUGUGGCACAGCCCCAAUUUGACUGGGACCGAAAAGUGGUCAAACACACUUUGCCAGGUGGAGGGACCGCCAGAUUGCACAAGUUCAAAGCUAGUAGUCUGAUCGAGUCCCAUGGAUGCAUGUGUGCGGCCGCGUUCUAUAACUAUUAUAAGCAAAAUCAGGAGGAGGGUAUGUACUUAGUUUAUGUCUCUGCUGCAGGCGAGCCGGUGAAAAUGCCGCUGGAGAUAGAGGGAGUAGUUGCCAAGUACCCUGAUCUAUUUGAAAAGCCGACAGGGGUUGUUGAGAGGGAGGUCGUCCACGCGAUAGAGAUUAUCCCAGGGUCUAGUAUCCCGAAGGGUAGGAUCUAUCGGAUUUCUCCAGGCGAGCUUGAUGAGCUUCGCCGACAACUCGAGGAACCCGUAGAGAAGGGUUGGAUCCGGCCGAGUGUCUCUCCUUAUGGGUCUCCAGUUCUAUUUGUGCCUAAGAAGAAGGAGGGUACUCUUAGGAUGUGCAUUGACUAUAGGGGCCUCAAUGCCAUCACUGUAAAGAAUGGAGAGCCCCUACCGCGCAUCGAUGAUCUGUUAGAUAGAGUGCAAGGGUGUCGGUACUUCAGUAAGAUAGAUCUGAAGUCCGGGUACCAUCGGAUUGCAAUCCGGCCCGAGGAUCAACACAAAACCGCCUUUCAGACCAGGUACGGUCUGUACGAGUUUGUGGUGAUGCCUUUCGGCCUUUGCAAUGCUCCUGGCACCUUUCACCACGCUAUGAAUCGGAUAUUCCACGACUACUUAGAUAAGUUUGUCAUCGUGUACCUCGAUGACAUACUUAUUUUUAGUAAGACUGUCAAGGAGCACGUUGCACAUUUGGACAAAGUUCUCAGCGUCCUGCGACAGCACAAGUUCAAGAUCAACGGUGAGAAGUGCGAGUUUGGCUGCACCCGUGUCUUAUACUUGGGUCAUGAGAUCUCCGCGGAAGGGUUGAAGCCCGAUGACGCGAAGGUGGCCAGCAUUCGUGAUUGGCCGCGUCCUCAGUCUGUGAAUGAGAUGAGAUCAUUCUUAGGGAUGACCGGCUACUAUCAUAACUUCGUGGAGAACUAUAGCAUAGUGGCCGCACCUUUGACCGAUCUGACCCGCCUUGACACCCCGUGGGAGUGGACUGAGAGAUGCGAGGCUGCUUUCAGACAUCUGAAGCAUGCGUUGAUGCAUUACGAAGUCUUGAAACUUCCUGAUCCUGAUAAGCCAUUCAUAGUGACUAUGGAUGCUAGCCAAUAUGGCAUAGGAGCCGUACUUGCACAACAGGAGGGGAAAAAGUUGAGGCCAGUAGAGACUGAUCAUCAGACCCUGAGAUGGAUGAGAACUCAGCCGGUACUCUCUGGCGCUCUCAAGCGUUGGAUCGAAGUCAUAGAGCAAUAUGACUUCGAGCCCCAGUACAUCAAGGGCGAGUACAAGGUUGUUGAUGCCUUGUCGCGCAGACCUGAGUUCUCAGGUGCGCUGAUCACUGAGUUCGGGCUUGCGGACAAUGUUACUCAAUCCAUGGUGGAAGCCUAUCGCGAGGACCAGUUCAUGUCUGAGAUCAUACGCAGACUCCAGGCGAAGGACAAAAAGACUUCUGCUGAGUUUGAGUUGGUCAAUGGCUUGCUGUUUCUCGAGAAGGCAGGGAAUAAACGAUUGUGUGUCCCGAAUAGCGAGUCUUUGCGUUGUUUAUUUUUAGGAGAAUGUCAUGAUGCCACUGGACAUUUUGACUUUAAGAAGACAUCAGCUAAUCUGUUGCAGCGGUUUUGUUGGCCCACAAUGAUGAGAGACGCGAAGUUGUACGUGGAGACUUGUCAGGUCUGUCAAAGAGACAAGCCACGUACUCAGGCUCCUCUUGGGCUCCUGAAGCCCCUUCCUAUUCCGGAAAGGCCUGGUGAGAGCCUGUCCAUGGACUUCAUGGAUACGCUGGUCACCAGCAAGAGUGGAAUGCGCUACGUCUACGUUAUUGUGGAUAGGUUUAAACAGGGAACGCAACUGCAGAUGACAUCAGGGAACCAUCCCGAGGCGAAUGGACAAGCAGAACAGUUGAACCGCGCUCUGAUGCAGCAGGCUGUUGAGCACAUGCACAAGGCGCAGGCGGCAAUGAUUGAGUCUGAGAACAAACACCGCCGCCCAUCUACGUUUCAGGUAGGGGAGAGAGUUUGGGUCAAGUCCUCAGAACUGGGACAGGAGCACGGGAUCUCCCGCAAGCUCAUGCCACAGUACUUUGGACCAUGGGAAAUCCAGGAUGUCGUCGGGGAUGAGCCAGAUGGGCCCUCUUAUGUUAUUCGCAUCCCGGGUAACCUACGUACCUACCCUGUUUUUCACACUUCCAAGUUAGCACCUUUCAAAGAAACUGAUCAGUUUCCAUCGCGUCGUUCAAUGCUGCCCCCAACCAUGGAUGGAGAAGUGGACAUUGAUGAUAUUGUGGACCACAGAGAGCUGCCGGUUCCAAGACCCACAGGCAGGGGACGUCCUCCGAAACCGAAGCUGCAGUACCGUGUUCGGUUUCGGCAUUACACUGAUCCAAAGGAGGACCGAUGGUUCACCAGGGAGGAACUGAUGCAGACCGCUCCUCGAGUUGUGACUCAAUACGAGAGAUCUCUGCUGAAAGGAAAGCGCCCUAUGAUCGAAGAUUGAGCUUCUCAGAGGACUGUUGAAGCUAAGGAGGAGGGAAUGCGAGGCCACUGCCUCUAAGAGCCCCAUUU